AUGGGCAAAAAAACCAAUAAGCAGAAACUCAGUUUUCCAAAGGUUCAGGGAUGGGUCCCAUACAAAGCAUUUUCUGCAAAAAAAAAUGAAGAGGUUUCGGAGCCAAAAUAUGCUGAAGUUCCAAAGGAUUGGAAGGAGCCGAAGUUUACUCCUGAAGAUAAUCCUCAUGGGAGAUUGUUUGCUUCGUCAACAUACACAACGCUCUUCCCAAAAUAUCGUGAGAAGUACUUGAGCGAAAUUUGGCCCGCCUUAAGAAGAAUAAUGAUGGAACAUCAUAUUCGAGUGGAGAUAGAUGUGGCUGAAAGUACUAUGGAAGGAUGUUAUACGCCUGUUAGCCCGUUCUGUCCUAUGGAGCAAGCUAUUCGUGUUCUGGAUGACGAGACAUUCGCAGAUAUUAUUGAAAUUAACUUGACUAAUCGUGAACGAUUUGUUAAACGACGUAAUCGGCUUAUUGGUCAUGAUGGUGAAACAUUGAAAGCUCUGGAGCUGUCUACUAACUGUUAUAUAGUUGUGCAAGGAAAAACUGUUUCUGUGGUUGGUCGAUAUAACGAUUUAAGGGAGGUACGUAAAAUUGUUCAAGGUUGCAUCUAUGACAAUAUACAUCCAGCUUAUUCUAUUAAAAAAUUACUUAUCAUAAAAAAACUUUCUAUGGAUCCUACAAAACAAAAUAUAUCCUGGGAUCGAUUUUUGCCUAAAAUGAAAAAGAAAGUGCUUAGUCGACGUAGAAAACCUCACAAAGUACGUAAGAAAAAAGAAUAUAAUCCAUUUCCACCACCACCAGUUCAAUCAAAAAUUGAUAUUGAACUAGAAAAAGGUACAUACUUCUUAGCUGAGGCUGAACGUAAACGAUUGAAAGUGGAAUCAAAUAUUGUUAAAUCAAAUCAAAUAUCAAAAAUACGACAAAAAGCUAAACGUUCCGCUGCACUUAUUCCACCUGAUGAUCAAUGUAACAAUAAUAAUAAUAAUAAUAAUACCAGUCAUCAUAAACCGAAAAAAUUAAAUUUGAGGAAUAA